AUGGAGGUGCAACUUAAAGCCGAUGGUUUUGGUUGUAAGAUUGGGGAGGUUCCGUUCGUGUAUUUGGGGAUUUUGGUGGGAGCAAAUAUGAAUAGAGAGAAUAAUUGGGAGGCCGUGGUGAAUGUGUUUAGGUCUCGGCUUACGAAGUGGAAAGCGAAUUGCAUUUCUAUUGGUGGUCGGGUUACUUUGAUAAAGUCGGUUCUAGAAUCCCUUCCUACUUAUUAUUUCUCAUUAUAUAAAGCUUCGGUUUGCGUUAUUAAAAAACUUGAAUUGUUAAUAAAGAAGUUUUUAUGGGGCGGUGGGGAUGACGUGAAGAAGGUUCAUUGGAUGGGAUGGGAUACUGUAACAUGUUCGAAACGGAAGGGAGGUUUGGGUUUGACUAAACUUGAAUGGUCGAAUAAAGCUCUUCUAUUAAAAUGGUUAUGGAGGUAUCGCAAUGAAGUGGAUUCUUUAUGGAGAAGAACAAUUGAUGCUAUUCAUGGGUCAAAAGGAAGAGGGAUAUGGGAUUCAGUUGCAAUGUCUUGGAAUUGGUCGUCGUAUCCGUCUUCGGCACAAGAGGUAGCUGAACUGAUUCAGUGUCAGUGGAUGGUUAAUCUUACUCAGUUGAAUGACCGCCGUGAUUAUUGGAAGUGGACUUCAGGCUCGGACGAAGUGUUCUCAGUGGCGAUCGUUAAGAAGUGGUUGAUUGAUGAAACGGUUAAUGGGGAUAUAGAUUAUUUCAAAUGGUGUACAUGGUUGCCAAAGAAAUGCAACAUUUUUAUGUUAAGAGCGCUUGCGGAUCGCAUUCCAACUAAAACGGCACUUAAAAGGAGAAACAUAGAUGUGGGGAACUUGAUAUGUACGUUAUGUGGUGAUCAUGAGGAGUCUUUAAAUCGUAAAUUUUCUGGGUGUGGGUACAGUAUGGGAGUGUGGCAAGGGAUUGCAAAAUGGUGUGGUAUUCCUCCGGUAUAUUUGUUUGGGAUUAAAGAUGAGGUGGAGCUUCACAAGUAUUUCAAGCGAGAGAAGACAAAGAAACAGGUGAUGCAAGGUAUUGCUAUUCUUACGUGUUGGAGGAUUUGGAAAGCUAGGAACGAAAUGGUCUUCUCAAACAAGAAGCGGAACGUGGUCGAGAUAGUGGCGGAUAUCAAAACGUUGGGUUUUCUGUGGUUUAGAAGUAGACGUAAUACAAUUUUGAUAGAUUGGUAUAUGUGUUGUAAUUUCGAUUUUAUGUAA